CCGGAAAUGCGUGUUCUAGCUUUCUGUAUGCUUAGGUGCCCGAGCUACUGAGGGUCUAAGUCCGGGCAGCUGAAGAGUGUGGUAGGUAACGGUCGUCAGCGCAAGGGUCAUUUCGUCGCUGGGAAGGGACGGCCCUCGCCCGCGGUGAUGGUGGUUAGCAAGAUGAACAAAGAUGCGCAGAUGAGAGCAGCAAUUAACCAAAAGUUAAUAGAAACUGGAGAAAGAGAGCGCCUCAAAGAGUUGCUGAGAGCUAAAUUAAUUGAAUGUGGCUGGAAGGAUCAGUUGAAGGCACACUGUAAAGAGGUAAUUAAAGAAAAAGGACUAGAACACGUUACUGUUGAUGACUUGGUGGCUGAAAUCACUCCAAAAGGCAGAGCCCUGGUACCUGACAGUGUAAAGAAGGAGCUCCUACAAAGAAUAAGAACAUUCCUUGCUCAGCAUGCCAGCCUUUAAGGUUGAAUUAGAUUGUGUUGUUCUGUGUUUUAUUUCUGAAAGUAAAACUUGCCAUAAAUUAGAAAACAGUUUCCCAAAAUAAAAUCCUUUUUUGUAUGAUGGUAUACAGUUUUCAGUAAUGAUGUAUACAUUGUAUUGAUUUUUUUCCCUAAAUGUGUUAUUUUAAUAAAUAUCUCACGAAUGAG